AUAUUGUUCUUGUACUUUUAUUUUUCCAAAUGCUCAAUAUUUUUCUUGUACUUAUAUAUUUCCAAAUGCCCAAUAUUUUUCUUGUACUUUUAUAUUUCCAAAUGCCCAAUAUUGUUCUUGUACUUUUAUAUUUCUAAAUGCCCAAUAUUGUUCUUGUACUUUUAUAUUUCCAAAUGCUCAAUAUUUUUCUUGUACUUAUAUAUUUCCAAAUGCCCAAUAUUGUUCUUGUACUUUUAUAUUUCCAAAUGCUCAAUAUUUUUCUUGUACUUAUAUAUUUUU